AAACUGUCACCCUGGUUGUGUACAGGUCAGUGUGUGGUAGAGAGAGUGAUGGAGACAGACAUAGAUACAUUUGAUGGGAAGGCCUCUGUAUUCAGUCAAGCAAACCCCCUUUAUGACAACACCAUGAAGCUCUAUGAGGCUGACCGCUACGACUUCCAGCAAAGUGAGCCAAAGACGAAGAAACCAUCAAAAAUCCGUCACUGUAUUUCUGUCCUCAUACUGUUUUUCUUGCUGCUGAUUGGACUGAAUUCUUUCCUGACCUAUAAAGUCUUCACUCUGGAGACCUGGGUUCACACUCACUGUACAGCUGAUGCCAGAAAAGAGGAACUCAUAUCUUCUGAGGGAUUCAAGCUGGGCAGCUCCAGUUCAGAUGAGGAAUGUUUCUCUGAUCUGUGUGGGAAUAAUGGGACUCUAGAGAAACUAAGGACGCAAAUUAACCAGCUUAACAUCAGUGCAGAGAGAACCAUUGUUUGCCCACCUGGUCCACCUGGUCCACCUGGCAGAUCUGGAUUGCAAGGUCCUCCUGGAAUACCAGGGAUGACGGGACAGAAAGGAGACAAUGGCUCACCAGGUCUGGUAGGUGAGCCUGGAGCUCCAGGUGAAAAAGGACAGAAAGGAGAUCAAGGUUUAGCAGGGGAAAGGGGCCCUGCUGGCACGACGGGUCCACCUGGUAUUCCGGGCUUAAAGGGGGAUACAGGAGCAAGGGGAUUAACAGGUUUACGUGGGAAUGACGGAAAUCAAGGUGCAAAUGGAAAACCUGGUUUCCCAGGAAUACCAGGGCUCCGUGGACCACCAGGGCCUAAAGGAGACCCAGGUGCCAGAGGUGACAAAGGAGAGAGGGGACCUUCAGGUCUUGGUGGGCCUCCUGGUCCGAAUGGACCUCGUGGUCUGCAAGGACCACCUGGAGAAAAAGGCUCACCUGGACCGAAAGGAGACACUGGUGUUGGCCUUCCAGGGCCUCCAGGACAACAGGGACAAAAGGGAAGCCAAGGCUUGGCAGGUGCCCGCGGACUACAAGGUCUGAGCGGUGCAAAGGGCAGUAAAGGUGAACCAGGGGAAAGGGGAGCUCAAGGUUCUAAGGGAGAGAAGGGUGAUGUAGGACCCCAGGGUCCGGCGGGUAGCAGGCCUGCUCUGGUUCGUUUGGUGGGAACUUCCAGUCGCGGAAGAGUCGAGGUGUUUCAUGAGAAUGUCUGGGGAACGGUGUGUGAUGACAGCUUUGACACUGUGGACGCUUUGGUGGUGUGCAGGAUGUUGGGUUUCCAGAGGGCCACUCAGGUGUUCACAGCCGGUGCAGGAACUGGACGCAUCUGGCUGGAUGAAGUGAGAUGUUCUGGAAAUGAGAGGAGCAUUUUUGACUGUCCACAUGCGGGAAUAGGAGUUAAUAACUGUAACCACAGCGAGGAUGUGGGAGUCAGCUGCACUUGAAUAAAAAGGAGAAAACUUCUCACACCAAGAACUCAUUUCUGCACCUUGGCUUUUAAUCAGCUGGUGUUAGUUCUUCUCACACAUAUGCAGUUCAUCAAAUUAUCAAUAUUCCAAUAAUAUUUGAAAGAGUUGUAAAUGUUAUACUUGAAAAGUGUGCAUGGUGUCAUCAAGGCAGUGACAUUCACGCAUUUCUGUAUGGCACUUGUGUGUGCAAAUAUGUUUGGUCUAAUGUAUACAACAAACUCAUCCAUGUAUCCUGUGCUAUACUAAAACCAUCCUAACUCUUAACACUUAUAUGCACAGCAAAAUAAAAGGGUUUUAAAAUA